AUGUCUCGAUUCAAGGAUUAUGGACCGCGAGUGAAUUUUAAACACCAAAAGGUGAAAACGGAUCGCUUUUUGGGUAUGCCAGAAUACGCGGACUUAAUACUGGACAAAAUGAUCAAAGCAGCACCA